UGUUUCUUGUCGUCGCACUUUGGUGCGAUUAAAACACGAAUGUUGAUCCUGGCUGGGAUAAUGUGGCUGCUACGAGGUCACCAGGUGUAUAUUCUCUAUGAUUCUCCAGAACCCCGUGACUCUGUGAUAUCUCUGUUGUGGAACAUGUUACAAACAAGUGGCGAACCACAUGAGGCUGGUGACCCUCCCCGUGGUCACCUCACUGUGGUGCAAUGCGAUCUGAGGAACAAGAACGAAGUUCACAAAACGCUGGAAAAACUAAACGUGAAGAAGGGCAGUAUUCCCUGUGUCAUAGCCCAAGACACUGUUGUCAAUGGAAGCCAUUUCAGAUCGUUCUGUGAGACUAUGAUAAGCCAAUGUCCUAAUGUUUAUUUCUGGGCCACAAGCAACACAUACAAGGAUGUACCAGAAGGAUGGACAGUAAAGACCUUUAUUCAGGUCCUCACCUGUCCCCCAUACAGGGGUCAGAGAUAGUGUCAAAUUGUGGAGCAGGCCA